AUGGCAGAGGCGGGGGUCUCUGUCCAGAUGACCAGGGACCUGAAAGACGCGGUCACAGCCAUCCUACAGGGCUAUGGGAGUGGGCAGCGGCCCGUGACAGACGCCAGCGCGGAGUUGCACAGACUUUGUGGCUGUCUGGAGCAGCUGCUACAGUUUGAGCAGAAAGAGCAGAAGCGCUUCCUGCGGGCCCGGAAGGGUUACUGGGGUUUCCUCUGCACCGCACUGUGGCAGCAGCGGGGAGACACCGAGUCCAGCCACUUCGUCCACUCGCAGGACAAGCUGCAGACCCCGCUGGGGAGGGGCCGUGCCUUCAUCCGCUUCUGCUUGGUCCACGGACAGCUGGCUGAGUCCCUGCAGCUCUGCCUGCUGGACCCGGAGCUCACCAGGGAAUGGUAUGGCCCCCGGAGCCCUCUGCUGUGCUCUUCACUCCAAGAAGACCUCCUGGACUCGCUCUAUGCUCUCAACGAGGUGACCUUUGAUUUGGACCUGCAGCGAGCUGACCUGGAUGAGGCCUGGCCCAUGUUCUCCGAGUCCUGCUACUCCAGUACCAGUCACACCCCGGGAAGAAGACCCAGAAAGAUCAGAGAGUCUCCAAAGGAGGACCUCAGGACCCCGGGUCAAGCCCUGGAGCAGCUGCUAGAGGAGAGGGAGGAGCAGCUGAAGGCCCUGCAGGAGCAGCUCAGCAGGUGCCGGGAGGAGAAGGCCCAGCUGCAAGCCCAGCUGGGGCAGGUGCGCCUGGAGGCCGAGAGGAGGGUCGCCAUGUCCGAGGAGGAGCUGGGCCGACAGCGGGACCUGGUGCUCGCCAUGAAGAGGCGGGUCCUGGAGCUGAUUCAAGAGAAGGACUCACAGUGGCAGAAGGCCCAGCAGCUCACCCCCAUCACCCCCGGCCGCUGUGUGGGCUGCAGCAAGGUCUUCGGCCGGCUGUCCCGGCGCUACCCCUGCAGGCUGUGUGGAGGCCUGGUGUGUCACGCCUGCUCCGUGAAUUACAAGAAGCAUGCCUGUCACUGCCCGCGCUGCGCCCAGAAUGGGGACACCUCAGUCUCCUGA